AUGGCUCACAUCGAGACCAAGGACCCGUUCGGCUUUGUGGGCUCGCACGUAGUUCGGAAACAGCCACGAAAGGGUGGAGAGGAGCAUGGGUGGCUCACACGGUACGACGAGGGGCUCGACUGCUAUACUUUGUUCGUGCCAGGAGGAGGAGAACCUAGAUUGUUGGCUCGAGGAGAAGUGAUGAAGUUCCUGUCGGCGCCCAAUAUCGAGCUCCACGAUGACGACCAGGAAGAGUUUCCCCCACCUGUGAAAGAUACCAGUACAAGUCGGUAUUUGGGUGUGAAGUUACGUCGACCUCGGGAAGCUUCAAGUGACAAUGAAAGCCACGUAGAUGAAGACAUACGGGGUCAUGUUACAUGUUUCUUGCCGUUUGGUGAUCGAUACUGUGUCGAGUAUGAGGACGGCUCAAUCGAAGAAAUGUCCGAGGCUGCUGUAAUUGACGGCAUAAUUGCUCUGAUCAAGUCUCCAUUCUUCUCGUCUCCUAGUCAUAAAAAGAUACAGAAUGGAUCUGUCAGGACAAGGAGAAGUAUUGAAGAAUUGGACGGAGAAGAUACAGCACAUAUUCGACGGAAGCGACAGCGGGUUGAAGCACCGACCGAUGAAAAUGUCCAGGAUAUCCCGUCCGGGUCUGAUGCUGUGGUUGGGAAUGUGUCCGACCAGCAACAGGAUAAUGAUAUCAUUUUAGUUGAUGACGCGGAGAUGGAAGCUGGUACAUUUACCGAGACGGAACCGGCUCCUAACAUUUUAGAGAUUAUGAGUAGCACUUUGGGCAAUACUACGCGAGAAAACUCGCUAGAACUGGCCAGUCAUCCAGUGGAAGAACCCAUUAUAGUCGACGAAGACGAAGUGCCCGGCCAGGAUGAUACUGUGGUGGAAGUUUUAGAGAAUCCUGAAGGACCCACAAGCGGGGAGAAUGCAGCGGAUACGGUGCCAACUGAUGCAGCGGCAGCGAAGAGCAAGAAGGAUGCCCCGUUCUACAUCAUCGAAAAGAAGCCACACGCGGCAAUAGAGCCACUUCCAAGACGCGCAAUGGCAUUUGAGCUUCUCCGAGCGUCGCUGCUGAAUCUGCUGGAUCAACGUGAGGCUACUGUCGUCAAGAUAGCCAUGCAGUACGACUUACUACGCAACCCUGACGUGCGAGACCGUGACGCUGUGAUCCGCUUUAUGGACGCUGACGGAUUACUUGUUCUUAAUCAUCUGUUGAACUCAUUUGCGACUGAAGUUCUUGACGACGAGGAAGAGAGCGAAGAGGAUACCAUGGAAAAGAUUCGCGAGCGCAUGGAACGAGAUGAUAAACUUCUUCACGUCAUGAAGAUUGUCGCGAUGCUCCCAACUCCGUCUAGAGACCAGGUGAUCGCUUCCAACAUAGGCAAGACCAUUAAUUAUCUGACCAAGAAACGCGGCCCACCAGGACGCAAAAGUGUCCUUCCCAAGUGCAUCACGGGUCUAGCGAAAUGGAUCAAGAGUUCGUGGAUCAAGAACAUUUCACCAGCUCCGAAGGUGUCGCCCAAGGCGGCUUCCAAGCCUCGACAGCCAGCGAAUCGGCGGCAGCAACAAGCUCGACGUGGCGGACGUGGUAGAUCUUCUGGACGUUCAAGUCACCAGUUGAACAGACGGCAGCCGCCGCCAUCGCAGCGACCGCAGCGUCAGAUCUCGUCGAUUUUAAGGACCCCACCAGAAGAGCAGCACUUCCCUGUAGACAACACGCCGAUCCCUAGACUAUCACGUCCACCGUCACAACAUCCGGUAGCUGCUCCAGCUCCUGCUCCACCGCAGCCCCCAGCCCCACGUCGUGUCACUGGCGGACUCAAGCCCGAUUGGAUGAGGCAAAAGGAGAGUCUUUCGCGCUCUCGCUUCUGCAUUGAUGACAACGCGGUCGUUGACACGAGACUUUAUCGAGACAAUCGAGCGCGUCCUAUUACGAAUGUGCCUGUGGUGGCCACGCCUUGUCAAGCAUCGACACAGCAGGAUCGAAACCCCGACCAACGAGAAGACGCUGGCGGUCCUGAUGGAGUUUUUGGACGAGCUCAAAGACUUCGCUUCGUAUUCGGACCAGAAUGA